AUGGAAAUGAAGAUGAUUGAUACUGCUAGUGGAAGGGCUCUUGUAAACAUGAUUCCCCAAAGAGCUAGGGAAUUAAUUUCGACUAUAGCUGCAAAUUCUCAACAGUAUCGACCACCUAUAGAACCUACGAAAAGGAUUCAUGAGCUAAGUACUCCUUCCAUAGCAAAUAAGAUUGAUGAACUUAAUAAUGUGGUUAAAAAUAUGCUUGCAAGAAAGACGAACCCAACUCAAUUCUAUGGGACUUAUGCUAAGCUUGAUCAUCGUACAGACUCGUACUCGAUUUUACUUGAGGAUACAACUGCACAAGUAGAUGUCGUUGGGAACUUCCAAGAGCCACCUCAAAGAAGUUAUGACCUAUAUUUGAACAUGUACAAUGCAGGGUGGAGGGACCACCCAAAUCUAAGCUAUGGAUCGAACCCUCAAUACAAUCAACAAUAUCAAUCAAGACCACCCCUACCUCAACAAUAUCAACCUCCAAAGUCAUCUCUCAAAACCAUAAUAGAAUUCUUAUUCGUUAGCAUUGAAAAGUUCCAACAAAAGACAAAAGCGCAUCUCCCAGAAAUGGAUCAUCAAAUAAGUAAGUUAGCUCUUACAUUUAGAUGUUUGGAAAACCAAGGAAAAUUACCAUCUCAAACUGAGCUGAAUCAAUGUCCAAAUGCAAGUGCUGUGACCGUAAAGGAUAGGAAAGAGUCAAAACUAGUGCUUAGCAUGAGUCGUGACCACGAUGUUGAACAGGAAGCUGAACCAGCAGCUCCCACUAGACCAGUGCCUCAGAAACCAUUUGUUGUACCUUCUCCAUACCCUGGAAGGUUCGCCCAAGUUAAAAAGGAACAAGAGGAAAAAGAAAUCCUUAAGACAUUCCAAAAGGUGGAAAUUAAUAUUCCUUAUACUUGA